AUGUGGGGAGAAAACACCAUUGAAGCUGUGAAGGUCGCGCCUGUGCAUCCUUGGGCAGCCAAUACGCUUUGGAUCAUUCCGACGACCGAUUCGCUGAUUCCAAAGCAACUACAGGUUGACUCGAAGGGUAUUAAUGGCCAGUGGUCUCGUCAGUACACGGACGUCGUCCACGGGUGUUGA